AUGUCAACUGCUUCAUUUAAUGACGAAACUGACACAUCCAGAUAUUAUGCAUCGUAUGUCUCCAAGAAACGAAAAAAUACCAAGGUUGAAGGCUCUUCCGCACCAAAACGGCAGUCACGGCGCAUUGCCAGUCAAAGCUCGGAUCUUACAGUUGCCAUCACCCAGCUUAGGCUCAAUUCCAGUUUAAGCUCUAGUUAUGACUUAAAUAUAAAUGAAGCCGACGAAAAGGAAAAGAAUUGGUGGUUGAGUAAAGAUUCUUUAGGUUCUCUGGGUGUUGAAGAGGAAAG